AGGAAUGACCACCUAGAGGUCCAAGCUCAAAAAUGUUUUGGCAUCACCUCUCCAAUUAGUUGGGCUGGUCCCAAAGAAAGCGAUAAAAUCUGCACUGAGAAGCUGAUUGAGGCUUUGCAGCCUUUUGGAAUAUUUGAAGACGAUGAGGAGCUCAGUCACAGAAUGUUUGUAUUGGGCAAACUUAACAGCUUGGUCAAAGAAUGGAUUGCUGAACUAGGAGAAAUUAAGAGCCUUCCAUCUACUACAAUAUCCUCAGCUGGAGGCAAAAUCUUCACAUUUGGAUCUUACCGGCUUGGAGUUCAUACUAAAGGCUCUGAUAUUGAUGCUCUGUGUGUUGCACCAAGGCAUGUUGAGCGAUCAGAUUUCUUUCAGUCGUUUGUUGAAAAAUUAAAGCUCCAGGAUGGGAUAAGGAAUGUCCGGGCUGUGGAGGAUGCUUUUGUACCUGUUAUAAAAUUUGAAUUCUUGAAGAUAGAGAUUGAUUUAGUUUUUGCUCGGCUGCCCUUACAAUGUAUUCCUGAUAAUAUGGACUUGCGUGAUGAUUCACGUUUGAAAAACUUAGAUAUAAGAUGCAUAAGGAGUUUGAAUGGUUGUAGAGUUACAGAUGAAAUUUUGCAUUUAGUGCCGAACAGAAACAAUUUCAGGAUAACCCUGAGAGCUGUCAAGUUGUGGGCAAAGAAACGUGGUAUUUAUUCAAACAUAUUGGGAUUUCUUGGUGGUGUUUCAUGGGCAAUGUUGGUUGCGAGGACUUGUCAGCUGUACCCGAAUGCUGCAGCGUCCACUCUUGUCCACAAGUUUUUCCUUGUCUUUUCUAAAUGGGAAUGGCCUAAUCCAGUGUUACUGAAGCAUCCAGAAGAAAGCAAUUUGAAUUUACCAGUUUGGGAUCCAAGAGUAAAUCCAGCUGAUCGCUAUCACCUUAUGCCUAUAAUUACUCCAGCAUAUCCUCAGCAAAACUCUACAUUUAACACGUCUACCUCAACUCGUGCUGUUAUGAUGGAAGAGUUCAGGCAUGGCCUUGCUGUCACUUAUGAAAUCCUUCAAGGCAAAGCAGACUGGAUGAAACUCUUUGACCCACCCAACUUUUUUCAAAAAUACAAGCACUAUAUUGUUUUGAUUGCCACCACAGCUUCAGAAGAGCAUCAUCUCGAAUGGUUUGGUUUGGUAGAAUCCAAAAUCCGUGUCCUUGUUGGAAAUUUGGAAAGGAAUGAAUUCAUUACACUUGCUCAUGUUAAUCCACAGUCGUUUCCUGGGAACAGAGAGCUCUGUAAAGAUAAUGAGCACCUGUCUAUGUGGUUUCUUGGGAAUAAUCUUUAAGAAGGUGGAGAACACGGACAGCGUAAACAUUGAUUUAACGCAAGACAUUCAGUUAUUCACAGAUACUGUUUACAGACAGGCACAUAACAUAAAUAUGCUGAAAAAGGAUGUGAAGAUUGAAGCCACACAUGUGAGGAGGAAACAGCUCUAUAAGUACCUCCCACCAGAAAUGCUGCAAAAGAGAAAGAAACAAAGUAUUCCAGAUAUUGGUAAAUCAUCCUCUGGUUUGUUGUCUAAACGUUCAUCCCUGGAUGGCAAUUGCCUGGACAGCUCCCUGGAUACAGACUCUGGGUCAAAUUUGGAGUCUCUUGCAUCUUGCCACAAAUCCUCUAGAUCAAACAGUCCAACUUUCUGUGAGGCACAGAGGAAUACCAUACCGGAGGACUGUAUAUCAAACCUUGUUCCAUCAACUCAGAGGUUGGUCUGUUCAGGUGUGCCUUCCACAACUACUCAAGGAUUGGACCGUAUAGAUCCUGAAGAACACUAUGAGACAUCUGCAUCCUAUCAAAAAUCUAGAUCAAACAGCCCUUCAAAGCCAGGAGCACACAGGAAGCCUAAAUCAGAAAUUUCCUCACCAAAUCUCACACCCCCAUUAAAUGUUGUCCCUUCCGAAACCAUUCGAGGGCAGUCAAUUCCUGGAAUUGGAAAAGAAGCUGAUCUUGAUCCUGCUGUAGCAGUGAAGAAUCAGGUGCCAACUGGAUACAGUAUACCUACAGUAGUUGGACUAAAUGUUUCACGUCCCAUUCCUUCUCCAGAAAUUUCUCAGGGAUCUCCGCACAAUGGAGAGCUAAAUGUCAGUCCGAAUUCUGCAUCUAAAAGGCCUCAUUCUCCAAUUCUGGAGCUUUCUCCAAAGCGAAUAAAAGACACCCAAAAGCUUCUGGGAUUGACAGAUUCUGCCUUUGUGGAGCCUUCUCUCCCUGAGCAGGACGAUCGGAGGAAAUCUGUGGAAAAAGUGGGUGCCACAGAAGCUAUGCCAAUUCUGACUAUUGAACGCUGCAGAUCACAGAGGCUACAGAGUAACGAGCUGCCUGAUGCGUCUUCACCCGUACCAACCAGUAGAAUACGAGUAGCUAAAAAUUCUAUUAGACUUACAUUAAACCGGUAA